AUGGACAGUUUUGGUGGACGCUCGAGAUUCUCAUGUCUGAAGAUCGAUGAUGACACAGAUUCGUCCGGCGACGAUGACCGGGAAUCCGAGUCGAAGGGCAAGGCUCAGCAGUUGAGCCAGAAAAAAGUACGUGGGAAUCAGAAAGAGGAAAAGAAAGCCAGUACUGGUGGCCUGAUUGUGCAUCCGGUUGUGCAAAAGCAAAAAAAUAAGAGCAAAAAGAAGAAAAAGAAAAAAGUGCGUGGGAAUCAGAAAGAGGAAAAGAAAGCCGUUACUGGUGGCCUGAUUGUGCAUUCUGGUGGCCUGAUUGUGCAUCCGGUUGCGCAAAAGCAAAAAAAUAAGAGCAAAAAGAAGAAAAAGGAUUUGCAAACAGCUCUCGAAUUAAGCCGUGAGAUGGCGAUUUCUGCAGCAUCUCCUUCUCAGGAAACAUCACUAGAAAUGGCUAUGAAAUCUAAUAAGGAGAAGGAGCAGCGGGGCGCAGAAAGCGACAGUGCGGAACUGCUGACUGCCGAUAUCGAUAAAGAGGCUUCCAAUCUCUUUACGAAAACUGGUGGAUCCACGACAUCUAGAGAAAGGCAGCUAGUUGCAUUGUAUCGGACAAAACUUCUCGAAGUACUGCGGCAACAGAAAUUGGAUAAUGACAUAAGAAAGAAAGCCGAGGAGGAAAUGACGAAGUAUAGAAGUCGCUAUAAGAAACUAUGCCAGUUAUUAAACGACGCUGAAGGUUCGUUAACAGUUGCCUGCCUUUUUUCUUAG